ACUUGUGGUUGUUAGUUUAAAUUAUUUUUAUUUCAUAAUAUACUUAUACUGUUAAAAUAAAUUUAAUACUAAGAAUCUUUGAUAUUAAAUUAAAUUCUCAAAAAAAAUAAUUUAAUUUUUUAAAGGUGAUUCCAGCAUUAGUGAUUGAAAAUGACUGAAGACAAGAAACUAUCGCGAUUUUACUUGGUAUUAUUUUCCAAAACCAAAGAAGACGGAAAAGUUGAAGAGAUCGAUAUUGCCCCGGCUAAUUGGAUUUUCCUUGACAAGAAUAACAGUUGUCGUUGUAAAUUUAUGCCUGGUCCAUUUGAUCAGUCGAAUUACAGCAAGCUUCAAGCGAUAGUUAAAAAUUGUGCUAAGCCUUCCUCUAAAUGGCCUGAUUAUAAUGUUGAAAUACGCGGAAGAGCAAAUUCAUAUGAAGAAGCUGAAGAACGUUUGAAAAUAUUAAACAAGAAGAUUCCGCUAAACUACAGGCCUCGAAAGAUCUUAAAUUAUUAAAAAUGAAGUCAAAUAAAAAUAAUAUCGAAAAUUUACAAAAAGAAUUGAACACCUUUGAAGUAGAAUUUGAUGAUACAGAGUCCUCAGGGAGAAAAAAUUCUUCAUUGCAAUUAAAUGAUAAAAGAAAGGGGAAAAAAAAUGAUGGAUCAUUUGACCUGGAUAGUGAUGAUAAUAAUGACGUUUUUCGACAAUCAACCCAGGAUUUAUCACACGAAACUAGUGACUCUUCACCUUCAACCAGUCGAUCAAAAUUGCUGAAGCGGAAAAGAGUGUCACCGCGAAAUAAAUUCAACAAUAAGAAGUUGAAGUUACAUAAUUCUGCGAAGAACAGCAGUAACAGUAGUUUUAAUAGCAGUCUGCACGAUGACUCAAAUUCGAAGCAAUCUCUUACAACUAAGUCACCUACACGAAGUUGUAAAAUUGAUAAGUUUAAAAAUUCGAUAAAGAAGACGUCUGUAACUUGUAAAGAUUCAAUAAAAAAUAUGGAUGUUAUUACAUGUUUUACGAGUAUAAGUAAACAAAUUAGCCAAUUGAACUCUACUGUUGUUCAAAUUACUGCUGAGUUUAAUCAACUAGCUAAUGACAUGAAGGAGAUAAAAAACAUCUUAAAAAAGAAAUGUUUUGGCGACGGUGUUGAUGAAAAUCAAAAUACUGGUGAAAAAAGCAAAAAAUUUGAUUUUCCCAUCGAUGAUAACGAUACUUUUGUUGAUUUUAAUAACCAACUUGAAUCUAGUCCUACUUAUCGUAAGCAAGUCGUGAGUACCUGAUCUUUUAUCUAUGUUUUCAUCAUUUUUGAUUUUUUGAAAACAAGCGCGAAUUUUUAUCGUCAGAUGUCAGACCAGUGUUCCAGACACAUAUCAACAUGGUUGCCAACCC